GAAAGAUACGCGUAACGUUGCAAACUUUUUUUUGAAGCUUGUUUGAAUUACCAAUAAGUAAAAAAAAAAGAUGAAAAUGUUUCGUUUUUUUUCGUCAUCGUCUACAGUAAUAAUUCGGGGUAAUAAUCCAGAGCGAAAGACCAUUCAAAACGGUACACAUGAAAACAGAGGCAAAACAGAGGCCUCAACUUUAAAAAAAUUACACCGUCUGAAUGAGUAAAUCACACACUAAACAAACCCGCAGAAAACCAGGAACCAAUCAAGCCCUGAUCCUGAAGCACUUAUUAGUCUGGUGGUGGUGGUUAUGGUGGUGAUGGUGGUGGUGCGACGUCUCCUUAUCGAUCAACCCCUGGACUUGUCGAAACUCCUCCACGUGGCAGGGGAUGUUGAUCGGGCCGUCGUGGUGGAAUCCGUACUCCUCCUCCGCCUCCUUCAACAGCUGCCGGAACAGCGGGUGGUUGAAGUAGUCGACGGGGACGAUGAAGCGCUGCUGCUCCUCCGCCUGCCCCACCAUGAUCGCCAGACACCCCCGCGGUAUAUCCUUCAGAUCGUCCUUCCUGCUGUUCCCCCCAUGGAAGUGAAUCUGGAAAACGUGGUGGUGGUGGUUCUUCUCGCCGCUACCCAUGGCUGCCGCCGGCAAUUUGAGGGUGUAAUAGAUCGAUCCAAGGAGUGAAAUCACGAAAGAGGAAGGAGAUUUGAAAGGUUAUAAGGAGAUGAGAGAGAAGGGCCAAGGAUCGGAGGCGGAGAUGGUGAGAUUGAAGAGGGUGAGAGAAGCCUCUGUAAGAGAUCUGGGAACGUUGCUCAUAAUUAUCUGUGAUGAAUCGGUUGGAUUUGGGGUUUGGUGAGAAGGGAUCGAGAAGGUGAUUUAUAGGUCAAUUAAUGAAAUUAAUUUGGUUUCUG